CGGUUGCACGCGUUUGGCUCCCUUCUCCGAUUCCUUCCUUAGUCAUCAGCAAAAUGCCCUAGCCUCCACCAAAGAAAGCAAACCCUAGCCUCUACCAAUCUUGUCGCCGUCUGUCGGAGUGAGAGACUGGUGCUGCCGCCUCCGUCGCACUCAAGAACUACCAUCUUCGUGCUAUCGGCGUUCGUUACUUCGCUCUCACCAUCCCCUGUUCGCUCUCAUCAGUUGCCUGUUCGCCGUCGUCCGUUGCGCUCAACCGCUCUCCGUCGUCCGUCGAAGUGAACCAGUGAAUAAAAUGGUUCAAUGACCGGUCCGGUUCUCAGAACCUUGGUUAUAAUUAAUUGAUGAUUGCAUUAAUAACGAGGCGCUUCUUAUCAAAAUUCCCUGGUUGGCGUUUCGGCUUCGGACAAUCCAAUUCCUUAUUGGUGAAUUGUGAGGCGGGGUCUCAUUGUGCUAGCAGAAGUACCAAUGGUCAAGUCAAUUUCAGUGGCAACUUGAAUGAAUAUUCCACAAGAACUUAUGAAACAUCGUGCGCUACAUCGCUUGACAAUCAGCCAAAGGAUAACACUGUUUCUGAUAUGUUAGUAGAUUCAUUUGGACGGUUGCACACUUACUUCAGAAUAUCGUUAACAGAACGGUGCAAUUUACGGUGUCAGUAUUGUAUGCCAGCAGACGGCGUGGAGCUAACUCCUAACGCUCAGCUUUUGACAAAUGCUGAGAUUUUGCGACUAGCAAAUCUCUUUGUAAGUUCCGGGGUAAAUAAAAUACGGUUGACUGGUGGGGAGCCAACUGUAAGAAAGGAUAUUGAAGAUAUAUGCAUGGGGUUGUCAAAAUUGAAGGGACUGGAGACAUUGACCAUGACUACAAAUGGUAUCACCCUAGCAAGGAAACUUCCAAGGCUGAAAGAAUGUGGCCUUACUUCUGUGAACAUUAGUUUGGACACAUUGGUACCUGCAAAGUUUGAGUUUAUGACAAGACGGAAAGGGCAUGAAAAAGUAAUGAAUUCAAUUAAUGCUGCUGUGGACCUUGGUUAUAAUCCUGUUAAGGUCAAUGGUGUUGUAAUGCGUGGAUUUAAUGAUGAUGAAAUAUGUGACUUUGUUGAUCUGACAAGAGAAAAGCCUAUUAAUGUUCGUUUUAUAGAAUUCAUGCCAUUUGAUGGAAAUGUUUGGAAUGUCAAGAAGCUUGUACCCUACUCAGAAAUGAUGGAUAGAGUGAUAAAACAUGUUCCUUCCAUAAAGAGACUUCAGGAUCACCCAACAGAUACAGCCAAGAAUUUCGCAAUAGAUGGACAUCAAGGUAGAGUUUCAUUUAUCACAUCAAUGACGGAGCAUUUUUGUGCUGGUUGCAAUAGAUUGCGAAUACUAGCAGAUGGAAACUUCAAAGUGUGUCUAUUUGGUCCUUCAGAGGUAAGCUUAAGGGAUCCCUUGCGACAUGGUGCAGAGGAUGAUGAGCUUAUGGAGAUAAUAGCAGCAGCGGUGAAGAGGAAGAAAGCUUUGCAUGCUGGAAUGUUUGACCUUGCAAAGACAGCAAAUAGGCCUAUGAUACAUAUCGGCGGAUGAAGUCUUGUCAUCUUCUCUUCCCCACUUCCUUAACUCCAAAAAUUUAGGGCUUGCUUGGUGAUAAUGUUAUCUUUUUUUAGGAAUUUGCAAAAGAAAAAGUAUAUCAUGAAAAGGAACACAAUAUUCACUCUUUUUUUUACAAAAUUAUGGAAACAGAAAACACUGAAUGAAAGCACAAACCAAAUAUGCCCUUAGGUGUUCAUUCUCUUAGGUGUGUUUGUGAGAUGGGGUUUUAAAGGGAAAGUGGUGAAAGGAAGAGUUUGAAGAGUAAUUAUAAGUCAGUUUGUCUAUUCAAAUAUUUCUUUCUCUUCCUCUCCUUGUAAAGCUUCAACCGCAUUAUUAGAGUUGUAGUUAAACGAAGUACCUCAUUUGUGUGCAAGUUUAGGUGUCAUGUGUCUUUCAAAAUUGCUUAUAUUCAAGGAAAACCAUAGCUGCCCGGCUGCCCCAGCCAGAAGGUCUUUCGUUCUCCUUAUGGAGUGAUACAGUGUUGUCUGUUUACUUUAGCAUAUAUUUGGUCAAAUGUUUUUCGGCCUACAUUUUCAGAUCAUGUGUUGAUUAUCAAGAUAAUUAUGUGUUGUUUAUAAAAUUGAGGUUAUUUAUUUGUUGUUUGUAUAAGCCAUAUUUGAGGGUCAAUAAUCGACACAUUAUUCUAUGCAGCUAGGUGGUUAACAAACCCAAAUCUAGUGUCUUAGAUAAUGCACAGUGCAGUAUAACAGUUGAGGCAUUGUGAGUUUGUGACUAGAAAAAUGAACUGCCUUUGUAAUUGGGGAACUUUUUGGGAUCAAAUUAUUCUGAAACGGGAUGCACAAUUUGUGUAAAUUCUUUAGAGGGGGCAGACUAAAAUUUGUUUGUAA